GCGUGAAGUAAGCGAGCGAAAACAGGAAGUAUUGAACACAAACGUUAAACAGACAACGCAGUGUGAUUUCCACCAUCCAAAAUGGGGGUCUUUGUGAAUUAUGCUUGUUUAUUCCGUUUACUGCUUUGGGCGAAUGCACUCACGUUUAUCACCGCGGUUAACAUCGCCAGUGAUGCCACCGAGCUGAGCGGCGACAGAGCGCUAAACCGUCCAUCAUCUUUCAUUUCUGUACCACACGCUUUUCAGCCGGACAGUUUUAGACAGUUUCUGACUCUGGGUCUUUCCGAUGCAUUUCCAGAGGACAUGGAAGGUACCGAAAAUUGUCUGGAAUUGCUUAGUAUUUUUGGUCAGCGAUAUGUGACAUUGGCGAACUGUCUCGUGUCUUACGCGCGUCCCGUAAAAGUCUGCCAGAACUGCUACACCGAUUACAACAAUUUUGAAAAUAUAUAUAAAAACAUAUCGUCUGAUCAGUCAGGCCCUGGGAAUGUCAGCUGUCAGGAUUCCCUUUUGUGGUCGGAUAGACUGAUGCUGCUGCCUAGCCUUUACAGCGGUUUAAGAGACAUCUGGGAAUCGGCUGCCUGUACCAACUGUCUAACUGCUUAUCAGAUGAAUCUGUCCAAUGAAACCCUCAACUUCUUAGCUAAACUUAACCAGUCCCUCAUCUGCUUUGACAAAUACCAGCAGGGAAACCAUUCUGAGCUGUGCAAAAAGUGCAAGACAGCAUACAAACAACUUGAUGAGCUAUACAGUAAAAUGGAGGGUAACAAGACCCUCUGUAUUGACAUAGAGGAUGCAAUGAACAUGACACGGCAGUUGUGGAGCAAGAACUGCUCGUCCCCGCGCAAAGAGAUGGUGCCGGUGAUUGCCGUGUCCAGCUUCAUGCUCUUCCUCCCCAUCAUCUUUUACCUGAGCAACUACCUGCACUCGGAGCAGAAGAAACGGAAACUCAUUCACCCUAAGAGAGCCAAGUCCAGCCACAGCCUGAUGAACAUUCAGGAUAAGUUCAGCUGAGUGGGCAUGAGGGCGAGAGGAGAGGAGCUUCUGCCGUCCUUUCACCGUGUCUUCCCGAGACUUUCUGGAUGUGAAAGGGCGUUUGGCUCCCUUCACACGGACAGCCUCGAAAACAUCCUUCCUAUCUAAUCACUGACUUUUUGUUAACUGCUGAGUAUCAGUGAAAUGUGGCUUAUACAUUUAAAUGUUUCAUCAUCAUCAUUAUUAUUAUUGCACUCCCACUUCGUUGUCCUUUUACAUGUGGCAAGAUUCAUGUUUCCAGUGUGUUUAUGCAAGAUGGAGUCGAUGUGACUCUCUCCAAUGACCUGUGGCUUCAGAGCUGACUACAUGUGCAAGUGAGACUGGUUAUGCCGUCGUCCUGUCGCAAGCUCGAGAGCACCUCUAUGCUUCCCAUCGUCGGCUUUCAUUAUUUAUUUCCUCACAGGCAGCAGGGGACUCGUGCACCUAACAUAGCGGCAGUAGUGGUGCGACGGGCACUUGAUGUCCAUUAGAGAAGGAUCCAUUAAUAAUGACGUGGUGUAAGGUCAAAGGUGCAUGCGUGGAGUGAGGUGGAGGAGAAAGCAAUGGCUGAAAUGAAAGGAGAAUGCACUCCACAAGAUGCUAGAGAUGCUGCACGAAUCACGUGCUGCCUCAGCCAGUGCUUUUCUUCUUCUUCUUUUUUUUUUUUUUUUUUUUGUCUGAAAUAGCCAUCUCUGCUCUUUCUGCUACUAAUGUGUUAUGAAGUAACUACAUAUCAGGCUGACUGGUUAUCUGAUCAUGAGUAGAUGAGAUGUAGAUUAUAUAAUAUAGAUAUAGCCUGAAGGAGUUAAUUCUGCUAUGUUGUGUUUUGUGUUGCGGGAACAGUUUAUUAUUUUUGUGCUCUUUUCUGUUUACCCAGAUUUUUCUGCUAAAAUCCAUUUAUAUUUAUACGUCCAUGCUGAUAUCCCCUUUUUAUGCCAACUAUGAAGCCUACUUGCUGCAAGAAUGACCCUAAGAAUGCUGUGGAUUAGAUGUUGAGUAUUUAACAAAACCUUUGGGUGCUUGGAAAUGCAUAUUAUUAUUUUUCUGAGAUUUGUACUUGGUGUGGCUGAAAAGCCAUUCUUAUUAAAAGGAGCCUGUUGUUUUCAGGUCUUGUGCCCUUUCCUUGGGCCGUUUACCCCGUCAUUAGCAACUAAUCUAAAUGUAGGAUAAAGUUGCUUGGCUGAAAAUUCGCAACAACACAUCCGUUUAAGCUUCCUUGGCUUUUUGGUCUUCUGCAGCGGAGCCGGAGACUAUUACACUGGCUGUUAAGCGCAUUUCAUCUGAUUUGUUGAAUCAGCUUCAGUGAAGGGAGCCUUGGGUAGAGGGCUGUCUUCUCAUGUGUGUUAAAUUAGCGACGUAAUGUGAACGAUAGCUUUCACUCAUAAAUCACAGUCCCAAUUUGUUAAUCUGGGAUGUAAAUAGUGCUUUUUGAUUUGAGCCACACGCGUCUCGAGGAGGAGAAUCGCAUAUCCACGUGAUGGAGAAACUGGUGUAAAAGCCAAAAAAUCUAGAUGAAGUAGAGCAAAGUACAACCUUGCCUGACAAGGGACAUUAUCCUCCAGAGAUUAUCCUCCAUUACGCUUCGCCUUGGUUGGACUCCGUGACUUUGGGUCUAAAGAGCAUUACGAAAUGCCCUGAUUUCUUAACUGAGCCUCUUAGACAUUGGCAUCCUCUGUGUGUUCUGCUACUGCCCUGUUUACCCAACUAUUAAAAUGGACUUUCCAAUAAUCAGUGCUUUUCUUUAUAAAACAGUGAUAACUGUAAUACAAAUCAACACCUUUUUACAAAUAGUAAGAUGUUGCAAUUCCAAACCAGACUUUGUCCCGUAAUGCCUCUCUGGCAUUCAUCUAUAAUGGUCAUAGUUGUGUUUGGUCUGCCUUGCAGAUGAAACUGUUGGGAGACAUGUAUGGUAACUGUGGUGUAUUUAUGUCUUUGUUAUGUAUGGGUGAAUUGAAUAAAGAAUCAUGUAUUUGAAAAAUAAAAAGGUCCCAGAAAUGA